AUGGCGGGAAUCAAGCAACAAAAGACCAUCCCGACAGUGUACAACAUGUCCUCCUCAAAAGCGAUCUCAGCACUGUGGCCGCUGGAGGAGCUUGCAGAUGCCGGCAUCAAGUACAAAGUCGUCAAUCUUCCCCGGCGAGGCGCCGACACAUACAAAGUGCUCAAAUCUCACUUUCCACUCGGAAAAUCCCCCACCGUGACACUAGAACACGUCGGCGGAGAAGCAGAAGUCACAUACCAGAUCAUGCCCAACGUCCUCACCGAGACGCGGCUCAUUCUCCAGUUCUUCUCUGACCACUACACGGAUGGAGUGUGGGUUCCGGAAUCAGAGGAGGACAAGAGGCGAGACACUUUUUUUCAGGAGUUCGCGCAUGGGUCUUUGAUCACAAAAAUCGACCACAUCCUCACGUUCGAGGUCAUCCCGACAAUGCUGUUCUUCCCAAUGCGCUAUCUUACCCUAUUGAUGGUGCUGCCUAUUCGGAUGCACUUUAUGAAAGACUUGACUGUCAUCUAUCAGAUUAUGGAAGACCCACUGUCUGAGGAGAAACCGUGGUUCUCAGGCAAGAACAUCGGCUUGGCGGACUUUAACACCAUCUUUGCCAUGGACAUGGCGGUUCAGAGAGGUUACAUCCAAUUGGAGAAGUAUCCCAUGCUGGCUAAGUGGUACAAUACGGUGCAAGAUCGACCAGCGUAUAAACGGGCGAAGGAAGUAGGAGAGGUGUAUGAUUGUGCAACAUUUGCAUAG